UCAAAUUCGGAAUUCGUCUCGACUUUCUACCAUAACUCUUUCUUUUUUCUCGAGUCUCUAACUAUAUGUACACAACUUCCCCACUUCCAAUUUCUUCCAUUUUUCAAAACCCACAUAACAAUCCCCACAGCAACUCCAAUUCCAAUAUCUCUUUGUUGAAAACUCUUCAACAAAAACUCCAUUUCAAAAAAUUAAACCCGCGAUCUCUGAUUAAGAAUUUCGUCAGUAAUGGCACACAAACAUCUACAUGAACUUCUACAAGAAGAUCAACAGCCAUUUCAACUUAAACAUUACAUUGCUGCUAGACGUAGUCAACUCAAAAAACUCGAUAAAAACCCUACGAAAUACUCGUUACAAACCGUUAAGAAACAAAAAUCGAUACCUAAUCCUGCAUUGUUAUGCAAACAUGCUUGUUUCGGUAUCGAAAAAUCACCUGUAAACUUCCUUCCUACACCUUCCCCUUCCCCUGUAUCAACAAAAAGUCCAGUAACAAGGAAUAUGUUUAUUCAUAUUCCUGCUAAUACGUCCUCAUUGCUGCUCGAAGCAGCAAUGAGGAUACAGAAGCAAAAAAAUCGACCCAGAGUAAAGAAACCCCAGAUGACUCUAGGGUUUGGUUUAUUCGGGUCGAUUUUGAAGAAAAUCAAACAAAGAAAUACCUACAAGAAAAAUGAAAACAUUCAUAAUGGAAUUAUGAUGGGGAAGGAUGAUAAAGUUACCCGUACUACUGAGUCGUAUACUAGUCGACUCAGUAGUGCGGGUUGGUCAGAAGAAGAAGAAAAAUCCACUAUGGAUUUUGAAACUUCGAGUAGUUGUUGCCACUCUGACCAUGAGGAAAAUGACGUUCUUAAUGAAAAUGUUAUUCAUAAUUGUCAUUUUUGUUCGAGCCCUGAAAAUAAUCUCUGUUGUUCGAGGCCUUUAAGUCCUUUUACAUUUGCACUUCAGAAAUCUCCGGCGUCGACAAGUUGCCGUACGCCGGAAUUUUCAUCGCCGGCAGCAUCUCCGGACAAAGAAAAUUAUGAAGUUUUGGCAAAUAUUGAACAAGAAGAAGAUGAGAAAGAACAAUGCAGCCCAGUUUCUGUCUUGGAUCCUCCAUUUGAUGAUGAUGGACAUGAAUGCGAAUACGAGUACGAGGAUGAGAAUGAGGAUGAGGACGAUUUUGGUAUCGAAUGCAACUAUGCACUCGUACAAAGAGCACAACAACAGCUUCUAUACAAGCUUCGUAGGUUCGAGAAAUUGGCAGAGUUGGAUCCUAUUGAACUCGAGAAACUGAUGCUCGAAGAAGAAGGCAAUGAUGAUUGCGAAGAUGAUAAUGUUGAUGAUGAUGAUUCAGUGUUAUCAAACAGAGACCGGGAUUUUGAGACGUUUGCAAGUGAAGUGACAAUCCCUUUCGACAUGAAAAGGCUAGUCUCAGACCUAAUAUCCGAGGAGAAAACCGAGAUUAAUAGCUCGAACAAUAGGGAAGAAGAAGUCGUCUUUGGACGAGUAUGCAAGAGGUUAGAUUCGUGGCAACAUGUUAGAUCAGACACCAUCGAUAUGAUGGUUGAAUCGGACUUGAAAAUCGAGCUUGAUGAUUGGAAAAAGUUUCAACAACAAAGGGAGGAAACUGCAUUGGAAGUUGAACUUUCAAUCUUUAGGUUGUUAGUGGAAGAAUUGGCUGAGGAGAUAGUCAAAUCUUGGUAUUCGAGCCAGCGUUGCUAUGUGAAUCUGAAUUAGUCGAGACACCAAUAGUUUAACUUUUGUACUAUGACUUAGGCUAUAGUUUGUAGUGCAACUCAAAAAGUUUUUUUUGGGGUGUUAGACAAUAGUAUUAGUAGUAUUUAGUUGCAAAAUUACUUAUCAUGUACAUGUGAGACUAAAAACUAUAGCCCUCAAUUUUCUUACUAGAGGAAAUAAUCUUUGUAUCAAUUCAUUAUGGCAUCUUCAAUUCAAUUCAAGGGCAUUUGUCCCAGUCUCGA